CCUGUAAUGUCUCCUUUGAAUCUAUUGAUCAGUGUCCUCUCCAUUUACUGCUUCACUGUUUCUUGCUGUGCUUCAGAUGGUGCUAAUGUUACCAUAGUGACAGAUCCUCCUGGUCCAGCCUAUCCAGCUGGUACUUGGAUCAGAUUCAAAUGUAUACUUAAUGAAAUUCAUCAAGAACCAUUACUCCAUGAAUGGUACAGAGGCUGUUCUGGUACCAGUAAUGAAAGUAUGGGAAUGGAUCAGUUAAUAUCCAGUGGUCUAUUAUCAGCCCUUGAUGUACCAGUUCUAUCAACCCCUUCAUUCUGUUGGGACACUGUCCACUGUAGAAUAGUAUCUAAUAAUAAUAAUAAUAAUAGUAAUGUAACCAUUGGGACCGGAACCAAGUACUUUGGGAAUAUUACUGGUUAUGGAUUGACGUAUAAUCUCCGCCCAUUAAUUAACAACAGUAUAAUUGAAAUCAAUGACUCAACUGGUGAAAUUGGGACUCUUGCAUGUCACGGGAAUAUCCUGAAAUAUCCUAACUCUUCGUCUUGGAUACUACAUGACGAAACGCAGCUAUCAGAAUCCACUGAUGAGAUUACUAUUACCAAAAGAGGCAGUUCAUCCAUUUUCUCUUACAUAUCAUUGUUCAUAAACCUCACUGGUGAUGAACUGAGUAGAUUCACUGGACGAUAUUCUUGUGUAAUGGAGGCUGAUGGAGGAAACAGUGCAAUAUUGAGUGUAUGGAUAUUAAGACAAGGAACAACUGGUAGGACAUACAUGCAUGUACGUACUAUAUAAACCAUGGUUUCGAGGUGUGUAUCAGUAAUGUAAGACCUGAGCCCCGAGAUGUCUGCCCGAGGCGAAGCCGAGGGCAGACAUCGAGGGGCGAAGGUCUUACAUUACUGAUACUCACCGAGAAACCAUGGUUCAUAUAAUAUGUGCUAUAUUUACUGUAAGAUCUAUGGGAUCUACCAGGGACGGAUGCGCGUUUUGCUCGUUUGCUGGGAGAUCAAACUCUAUCCCUCUCUUUUACUUCUUGACAGAACAAUAAAGGCCUUCUUGGAACUUCUCUGUAGCAUUUAUCUCUGCACGAGCUU